UAUAAACGAACGGUUGCCCAUUACCAAGCAAAACACCCCAUCGUGAAAAGAAACCAUGACAACCAACAAUCAUUAAGGAUCGUCGACCCUCGAAAAACGGCCGCAAAAACGAAACCGCGAACAGCGUUUCAGGUUACACGUGUACAUGGGAAAAAUUCAUAUUCAUAUUUUUCCGUCAACCGUCAGCGAACCGUCAAUUUCGCAAGGCGACCACGAAAAACGGAAGAAAAAGAAUCAACCCCGAAGUCAAGGAGAUCGGAAUCAAUAAAUAAAUGAUGGAAGCAUGUGAACCACGUUUCAGUUAAAGUUUUGAAAGCGAGCAGUAGACAACUGUCGUUCUCGACCGCGCGAGGUUCCGCGAGCGCUCGGAGAAUGUCUUCCAAUAGGAACAAACCCAAUUUCCGGCAGGCCUCGUUGACUUACGACCCCCCAACGAUCAACCCUCGAAGGCCCGGUUUGACGAAGCAAAAUUCCGAAGAUUCAACGAUGCCAAAGAAAAACGAGAUCAAAAUCACUCUGAGCGCCAAAUGCAAAAGAACCCCACACGAUUUUCCACCAACUAAAGUAGCCUGGAGUGACGAAGGUAAUGACGAAAAAGACCCUUUAAUUACGAGAAAGUGUCCGGAAAAUCGGAAACCCCCCAGAUCUCUUAAGAGACAGAGUUCGGUGGAUCAAGAUUCCAUACUCUCAUGCAAAGAUGACAUCAUCACCAAGCUGAGACUCCUAUUGAAAGAUGACGCAGAGAUAUCCGAGAAACCUAACCUCAGCAUCUUCCUAAACCAGAAUCCGAAACAUCCAAGGCACGACGACAACGAUCUACGACUCCCUCAAGAUCUUCACACCAACCAGGUACACGACCAAGAAGAAACAAUCGUACAAAAUUCAGAAUCAAAAUGUAAUUCUGUCGCCUCACCGACCACCAGCCUUUUCCAAUUCAGGAAAACCCCAGUCAACAAAUUCCAAGCGAAAUAUUCCCCCAAUCAUCAAGACCAACCGAGAGAACCUCCAAAUAUAGUAGUAACACCCGUUUCGGAUAUUAACAUGGACGAAGAACGAAACAUAAGUACCAAUACUACAAUCACAGAUAACUCGCAACCUAUUAAUAAUGUUAUAAUAAGACCAACUACGGCGAAAUCAAGAAGGGAAUUAUUCAGUAAGAGGACAAAUUCUGCAUUUAAUUCUUUCGCUGUCAAUAAGGAGGGAAACAACCAGAGAGCUCCACUUCAACGAAGUUCUUCGGCGCCAAUUCGACCAGAACAUGCGAAAUCCAAAUUUCUGGCUACUAAGAGGAGGCUCAAAACGAACAGGAGGAGAGAUUUGAAAUCUGCGAAAAAGCAGGGGUGUGAGGAGAAUUCUUCGAAUACGGAGGUCGUCGAUUCAAGCAAUGCGAUACCGAAAAAUGCAACAGAAAUCAUCACCAUGGUUUCACUAGUCAGUCCAGCUUCUAGCGAUAUAGAUGAAAUACCAGAUAUCGAAGAGGAGGCUGUCAAAACUAGAACUAAUUCUCCCAAAAAAACUCCCUGUAUUACAAGAAGAGAGGACAAUGUUCAGAUAACAUCCUCAUUAAGGAAGAUAGUGAAACAAGUUUCUUUUCAACAAUCGAGCAUCCAUGCUAUCCGAAGCUUUUCUGCGGGUUUCCCUGGAAGGAAGAACUCAAUAGCUGCCUCGAUGAUGUUGGGAGGAAAUUUGAAGAGAUCGAAUACUGUUCAGAAGAAACAGGAAAAGAACGUUAUCAACGCUUCAGUUACCGAUGGUGAGGAAAGAGUGCCAAAACGUCGACUGGUGAGGAGUCAUUCAGCACAUGUGGAAGUCAAAAGUCCUGAAGAAGAACAUCAUGAAAAAAAUCAGGAAAUAAUGGAUUAUUCACUGGAAUUACCUGGCGAUGAUGAUGAGGACAAAACUACAGAAGGAAUUCAAAAAUCACCGAUAAAAGAAAAUUCAGAUGACUUAAGAGAAACUGAGUUAACCUCAAAUUUGGCACCAAUGAUCGAGGAAGAAAUGCUGAUCGGUACUGAAGUUCAAGAUGGUCAACAGUUUUUUACCCCAAAGGAAAAAGAAUGUUGGGUACUCUACCAGAAAAUGAAUGAUAAAGGCGUGAAAGUCAAUUACGAUACUCUUCUAAGAGGAAUGCUGACGCCAACAGAAUACAGAAACAGAAGACAGAGCUUAGCGGCUUGCGCAAGCUUUGAUACUGAAGAGACAACGGAAAAUGUAGAACAAGCAACUUAGUUCACUGGUAAAUUAGGAAAAAAAUGUUAGGUCUUCUUUGAGUAACGUUUUAAUGCGGUAGAAUCACAAAAUUGGAAGAAAUAGACCAGUGAAUUUCACAUAAUACACAGACACCUGCAAUCCAAUAGAUCAGAUUAAUUUGUAUUUGUCGUUCAAUAAUUCUCAAUUAUUUUCAUUAAUGAACUGUUUUUGAUCUUUUCCUGUUAUUUCUUCAGUGAAAUCUCAAACCUACGGUCUACUUAAAAAAUCGAACAGAGGAAUUAGUUUAAGAUCUGGUCACUAAUGAAAUUGUAUCUGAUAGUAUUUUAGUGCCACUUACACCUUGUGCCUUCGUUGCUCACUCAUUCAAAGAGCGGAUGAUAAGAGACAACCUAUGUGUCUCAAAAAUAGAAAAUAAACCAUAUAUAGUUA